AUGGCCAUCCACGGCUAUUUGUGGUCCAUCUAUGAGGAAGCAGUGACUGCAAUUCCAUUGAAUGGAGGCUCCUACAAUGUUCUUCUCAAUACAACGUCCAAGAAAACAGCUGCAGUAGCUGCGUCACUUGGUAUCAUAUCGUACUUAGCUACAGGAGUUGUUUCAGGCACCUCUGCCUUACGGUAUCUUGAUACUCAGUUUCAUGUGGAUAUCGUGCUUGGAACGAUUUCGUUGCUCUUUUUCUUUGCUCUCUUGUCCAUUAUUGGCAUUGCAGAGAGUGCAAAUGUUGCUCUACUCAUUUUUAUCGUUCAUGUCACGACGUUGACGCUAUUGAGUGGAUUUUCACUUUGCUAUGCAAUGCAACACCCCGAUAUUUUCUGGAAGAACAUGCAAACAGAUUUUCCAAAUGUUAAUGUGGCCGGGGACGUCAUGAAGGGGAAUGUGUUUACAGGAAUUUUUUACGGCUAUUCAUCAGCCAUGUUGGGCAUCACGGGUUUUGAGACGUCGGCGCAAUUUGUCGAAGAACAAGCACCAGGCGUAUUUCGGAAAACGUUGAGGAAUAUGUGGAGGUUUGCCACAUUUUACAAUUUGUUGCUGUCAUUCUUGUCAUUAGCAGUGCUACCGUUAGAAGGACCUGGAGGAAUUUAUGACGAAAAAGAUGUGGUGCUGGCAACAAUGGGCAGGGUCGUGGCUGGUAAAUGGCUUGAAAGUUGGGUGUCACUUGACGCUUUUGUGGUUUUAGCGGGUGGUGUGUUGACGUCUUACGUGGGAAUUACGGGUCUUGUACGUCGUCUGGCGUUUGAUCGUGUACUCCCGGCAUUCCUCACGUAUACGAACAAGUGGCGUGGUACGAAUCAUUACAUCAUCUUGUUGUUUUUUGUGCUGCAGGCCAGUCUUGCGAUUUUGCUCCAUGGCGAUGCGACAGUUCUUGCUGGAGUUUUUACGUUUGCAUUUUUGGGAGUUAUGGCUCUUUUUGCCUUUGGCUGCAUAUUGCUCAAAUUGAAACGUGAAGACAUACCGCGCGAUGCGCAUGCGCCAUGGUGGAGCUGUAUUUUUGGACUGGUGAUGGUACUGCUUGGACUGUUGGGCAAUUUACUGGGAGACCCGGCCAUCUUUACAUAUUUUUCCUUGUACUUUCUAGUCUUCACCUCAACGAUGUUUAUUAUGCUGGAGCGCGUCUUUAUUCUGCGCAUUAUUCUUUAUAUUUUGCAAAAGCUCUUUCGGUCUCACGGUGCUCAAGAUGGUGGUACUACCGAAGAUACUGAAGUAGUCAAGUCAAGUCAAGAGAGAAUAGCAAAAGAGUAUCGGACUGGAGCAAAGGGCGGACGCACAAUUACAGCGGUGCUUCAAGAAAUUCACCUUCCACCGAUUGUAUUCUUUUUCAAGACGCCCACUCUAUCCGUGCUCAAUAAAGCGAUUCUUUAUGUGCGCAAUAACGAGCAUACACACAAUUUGCUAGUCGUACACGUGAGCGAAGAUGCAAACUUAGCAGAAGACGAUAGUGCAGAAGUGACAGAGUUUGAUGUGCAACGAUUGCAGCGUGAGCGCGAAAAAGUGGAGGAUAUGCGUGAGAUGGCUCGUAUGUUUGACCUGACGUACCCGAAACUCAAGAUCGAUUUUGUGCAUGUUUGUGGAUCUUGCUUUGACACUGCACUCGUCCAUUGGUUGUCCGACGAGUUGGGUGUACCGCCUAACAUGAUGUUUAUUCGACAGCCUAGUACUAAACACAUUCACCGGAUUGCAACGCUGGGUGUACGGGUUAUCACUGGCUAG